GGAUUAGUAGUCUGUUCAUAAGCCAGUGGAGUGCAAUAUAUUGAUCCCAUAAUAAUUAAUAUUUGCAGAGCGAGAAGAACUUAGCCGGUAGAGAGAGGUGUUUACAAUUACUACUGAGAAAGAAGAUUGUAGCAAAAUGCUGAGAAGAGUUGUUCAAAAAUCUCUUCGGACAUUUCAUCGUCCCAUCACAGCCGCAUCAUGCCAUUACUCUUCUUCUACAAUCUCCAUCGACCGUUCUUCCCUUCACAACCCACCUGAACAUUCUCACCAACCCAUUUCUGAUUCUGAACUCGUCAAACACCUCAAAGGGAUUAUCAAGUUUCGUGGAGGUCCUAUUUCAUUAGGUGAGUAUAUGUCUGAAGUUUUGACAAAUCCUAAAGCUGGGUAUUACAUCAAUCGAGAUGUUUUUGGAGCUCAAGGUGAUUUUAUCACCUCUCCUGAAGUCAGCCAGAUGUUUGGCGAGAUGGUUGGUGUAUGGGUGAUGUGUUUGUGGGAGCAAAUGGGCCGACCCGAAAGAGUAAAUUUAGUUGAGCUUGGUCCAGGACGAGGAACGCUUAUGGCUGAUCUUCUUCGUGGUGCUUCGAAAUUUAAGAAUUUCACUGAGUCCUUACAUGUACACUUGGUGGAGUGUAGUCCUGCACUAAAAACUCUUCAGCACAAGAAUUUGAAAUGCGUUGAUGAAGAGAAUGCAGAUGGAGAUACUGAUAAAAGGACUGUAAGCUCUUUUGUUGGCACUCCCGUGUCAUGGCAUGCUACACUUGAGCAGGUUCCUUCAGGAUCGCCAACAAUUAUCAUUGCACACGAGUUCUUUGAUGCCCUACCAGUCCAUCAAUUUCAGAAAGGAUCCCGUGGUUGGUGUGAGAAAAUGGUUGAUGUGGCAGAAGAUUCAUCAUUACAUUUUGUUCUAUCUCCACAUCCUACACCUGCAACUUUGUAUCUAUUGAAGAGAGCCAAGUGGGCUGGAGUUGAGGAGAUCGCAAAGUUCAAUCAAAUAGAAAUUUGCCCCAAAGCUAUGGAUUUGACUCAGACCAUUGUAGAAAGGAUAAGUUCUGAUGGUGGUGGAGCUCUAAUCAUCGACUAUGGCUCGGAUGGAGUAGUCUCAGAUAGUCUCCAGGCAAUACGGAAACACAAGUUUGUCGAUCUUCUAGAUGACCCCGGAUCUGCAGAUCUAAGUGCAUACGUUGAUUUUGCUUCUAUUAGACAUUCUGCAGAGGAGGCGUCAGGUGAAGUGUCUGUCCACGGGCCAAUGACUCAAUCUCAGUUUCUCGGUGCCCUCGGAAUAAACUUUCGUGCUGAAUCCCUCCUUCAAAACUGCACAGAAGAGCAGGCUGAGUCUCUGAGAACAGGAUACUGGCGUCUUGUAGGCGAUGGUGAAGCCCCAUUUUGGGAAGGAGCUGAUGAUAGCGCUCCAAUUGGUAUGGGUACUCGCUAUAAGGCAAUGGCUAUAGUGAACAAGAACCAAGGUGUUCCAGUUCCCUUUCAGUAAUAGCUUAAUCAAAUUAAAAUGAUCAAGUGUUAUAUGACAUACUAGAGUUGAUUUUAGUGUAUUUAACAUUAUACGACACUUUUCUCUUUUUAUUUAAUUAUUUUUUGAAAUUUUUCUUCAGUAGCUCCUUGGUAUGCUCUGCAUUGUAAGAGUUGCAUUGCAAAAGAUAACGUUAAUAAUUUUAGUAUUGCAUUGUAUGACUGGAUUUAAGGAAGCAGUAAACAUACGUCCCUUUGCCCUA